AAUGGUGAAAGCAAAAAAGAAGGCAGCACUUUUCAGGAACCCUCACACUCACGCACUUCUUUCCUCUAACAUCGCAGUCUCACUCACAAAAACUCCCAAUACGUUCAAGAUCCGAGGAGCUUGCGUAAAACCCUAAUUUUCAUCACUUUCUCUUUUGUCAUAUCUCCAUCUUACUUUCAUCUUCAGUCAUGGCGGGUGCAGCUCCAGAAGGAUCACAGUUUGAUGCUCGUCAAUUUGACACAAAAAUGAAUGAGUUGCUUUCAGCUGAUGGGCAAGAUUUCUUUACUUCAUAUGAUGAGGUUUAUGAUAGUUUUGAUGCCAUGGGUUUGCAGGAGAACCUUCUGAGGGGCAUUUAUGCAUACGGUUUUGAGAAACCUUCAGCAAUCCAGCAAAGAGGAAUUGUACCCUUUUGCAAAGGUCUUGAUGUAAUUCAACAGGCGCAAUCUGGAACUGGGAAAACUGCUACUUUUUGUUCUGGAAUUCUGCAGCAACUUGCCUAUGAACUGUUGGAAUGUCAAGCUUUAGUCUUGGCGCCUACUCGUGAGCUUGCACAACAAAUUGAAAAGGUCAUGAGGGCACUUGGUGACUACCUUGGUGUGAAGGUACAUGCAUGUGUGGGAGGGACCAGCGUACGAGAGGACCAACGCAUCCUUUCAAGUGGUGUUCAUGUUGUUGUGGGAACGCCUGGACGUGUAUUUGACAUGCUGAGAAGACAGUCACUUCGCCCUGAUCAUAUAAAGAUGUUCGUAUUGGACGAGGCCGAUGAAAUGCUUUCCAGAGGUUUCAAGGAUCAGGUCAACUAUUUUAGAUUGAAAACUGCCUCUCUGACCAAUAUGCUUUUUAUCUCCCCCAUAUAUGUGCGCAUUCUUCCAUUCUUUAUUAAAGUUNACAAACCUGUAAGGAUUCUUGUGAAGCGUGAUGAGCUGACCUUAGAAGGUAUCAAACAGUUUUAUGUCAAUGUGGAUAAGGAAGAAUGGAAGCUCGAAACCCUGUGCGACCUGUAUGAAACAUUAGCCAUUACACAGAGUGUGAUCUUUGUGAAUACCCGUCGCAAAGUUGAUUGGCUGACAGACAAGAUGCGAAGCAGAGACCAUACAGUGUCAGCUACCCAUGGUGACAUGGACCAGAACACUAGAGAUAUUAUAAUGCGUGAAUUCCGUUCCGGGUCCUCCCGUGUUCUCAUCACUACUGAUCUUUUGGCCCGAGGAAUUGAUGUCCAACAAGUCUCCCUAGUUAUAAACUUUGAUCUUCCCACGCAGCCUGAGAAUUAUCUUCAUCGCAUUGGACGUAGUGGACGGUUUGGUAGGAAGGGUGUGGCCAUCAACUUCGUUACAAAGGAUGAUGAGAGGAUGCUGUCUGAUAUUCAGAGGUUUUACAACGUUGUUAUUGAGGAGCUGCCAGCGAAUGUUGCUGAUCUCCUGUAACAAGCUUUUUUCUUGCUUCAGUGGCAAAAAUAUAGAAGCUGGUACUGUUUGGGCGGGUUCUCUCUCCACACAUCUACCUCUUUUCUUCCCCCGGCCCUCUCCUUUCAUUUUCAUAUUUUCUUGUGUAAUGAAUGUCUAAUUUAAUGGUCCUAGUGUCUGAGAUUAUGAACUUGUGAGUAAUUUACACUAGCGUUGUUUAAUAUAUCACUAUAUUAUACAUUGGUAGCUGCUGCUAGUUUUUGACAUCAAAGGGUUGUAUCUGAAGUACAAUGUCAAAGUAUGAAAUCAUUCACUUAUGUCGAAGUAUAA